GAAUUUUGUCGGAAUUGUCCGUACAUCCUUGAGCUCCUGAGGAUUACGUGUAUGUUCUAGAUGGAAGACAUAGACAACAUAUCAAAAGAAAAAGUCGAGGAACUGCGGAACAUCUUCAAAACCUUCGACGACGACGACAGCGGGAACAUCACAGCGCAGGAGUUCCAAUAUGCUCUGACCAAGAUGAACGUGUACCUGCCCAAGGAAACAGUCCGGGAGAUGAUCUGGGAGUACGAUACGGACGGGGACUGUAAUCUUGAUUUUGACGAGUUCCUCAAGCUCAUCUCCAGGCUAGAUCCCAGGAUCGGGCAGGAGAUAGAGAUCAACAAAGCCUUCAAGCUAUUUGACAAGAACCACGACGGUUUCCUCAGCAAGGUUGAGAUAGUUGACGCGUUAGUUCAUUUUGGGAUCAACGCUUCUGAUGAAGACGUGGAGAUGAUAUUUUCAAUAACUGAUGAUAAUGCAGACGGGAAGAUCAGUCAUGCUGAGUUCCGGAACAUUCUGUUCGAUGCAGCGGCUCCGGAGAUGCCGUUGAGUGCGAUGGCAGCGCCAGGCUCUCCGGGUUCUCCUAAGUCGGGACGAGCCAGGUCCCCUAAGAGGCGAUAAUGCUGAUGAGAUAACUGUUCAAAAGCAGCAG